AUUGUCAAUGCGUAGUGAAAGAAAGCUAGAGUAGGGUAAGAGUAGAGCUACUGGAACUUGGAAGUCACUAUAGUCAGCAUGUUCGGGAAACGUACGUGGGGAGGGGAUAAGAAGGUGAUUACUUAUUAUCAGUAAUGUGAUGAUGAUGAACGAAAUGCGAAACAUGUGCACGUGUAAUUAAUUUUGCGAUGGUGUUUUAGAAAAUUGAAAAUUCAUUCGUUAUAAAGUGUAUUUUGAUCUUCUACUGUUCUCUCGAUGUAAUUUGUCACAUGCUACACAGUUCAAGUGGUCACGUGAUUUCCAGAUACUUGACGAAAACCUUUGAGAGCUGUGAAUAGACGAUAGACGAUAUGUUGCCAUUCCUACGUAACGAGCAUCCCUUCCUGAAAGGGAAUACCGCCAUCAAGUCUCAUGGGCACCGUGAAAGGAAGUUAACCGAACGGGACUAUUUAACACUUCUCGACAUAUAUUUCAAUGAAUUCGAUCAAAUGGACACAAUGCUGAUUGAAAGUAUCAUCGAUAAAUUCCAAAAAAUAAUGCAACUGUGCAGCGAAAGCAAAACGUUGCGAAAUUUAAUUGAUAAGAAGCUACUGGAAAAAAUUCGCAAAUCUAUGGAAUACUACUACGCUUUCAAUCCAGAUGACGAACGUCCCAAUGAACCAGAUGAUUCGGUUGAUUUUACCCUACUAUGUAAUCAUUGCGGAGAAACGUUUCCUCUGCGUAAUAAUGAUCAUCAGCAGUCGUACGAAGAACACGAAACAUCGCAUGCUCAUAUAGAAUUCCUUGUGAAUUUGAAUAGGCCAGAUAAGGAUUCCGUUAUGCCUACAUCGUCUUCAUCCGUCAAUAACAUAGAAACCGAUCAAACCGUGUCUCAUCGUCGUAGCGUCGAACUCUUUCAAGAUAAUAAUAAGCAGUACGUCGAGGAAGCUCAUUUGAAAAAUAAUAUUUUCAAGUGCACAAUUUGCGAACAGAAUUUUUGCCGUGAUGAGAUUACGAGUAUACUUCAUUUCGAGGCCAAAGUGGUCGGUAAUGAUGAUUGUACUGGUACAACAUGUCUUGAUUCCACAGAAAAUCAACUUGAAUCCCAGCAUUUAACGUCGAGAAUUAACAAUGGAUCCAAACGCGUCGAUGAAGGAUUAUCUUCUUCUGUAUUGGCGGCUGAAAAAUCCGCUGCAGGAGAUGAAUGCGUAACUCGAAAUAACCCUAACGGUUUCUCAAUUUCUGUAUUCGAUGCGAGUUGUAUUAUUUUCAUAAAUCGCGGGCUUAUGUGUAAACUUUGUGAUACUGGAUUUGACCCUGAUGAACGUUCGGCGAUUAAACAUUUUAUAGAACGUGCCCAUUUUGAAAUGACUAACCUUUACGAAAGGUACGGUGAGAUUUUUAAAGAAAUCGACGACAUGAUACAAUGUACCGCGUGUGAAUACAAAUGGUAUGGAAAUUAUCCGUCGUUUUUUGAUCACUGUCGUUCGAAAAGUCACCGAAAGAAUGUUACCCGAUUGAACUUACAACCAUCCAAUAUUGAUAUCUCAAGACGAGCGAUUGCUAAAGUAAUCCUUUGUCCGGUGACUGGAUGUUCCUCACCCAUGUAUGAAUGGAAAGAAAUCUUCGAACAUCUACAGUCUUUUCACGAGUGUAAUACGGAAUAUCAAUACCCGAAAGGUGAAACCGCUUAUUGCGGCAUUUGCAAUUGCAAAGCUGAACUUCAAAUUGCGGACGUUCUCAGUCACGUGAAGGGCAAGAGGCAUUUACGAGUGGUCGAGAAAAUGGCGGGAUUUGGCGAAAAAACGGCGAAGGGCAUUAUUCGAUGUAACAUAUGCUAUAAUUUUACUUGCCAGAGAAGUAAAUUUUCAGCGCACUGCAAAACGAGAGGUCACCGACAAUGGGUCAAUUACCGUCGUUUUCUGCAGAAUAAGAAACUCCGAAUCCUACAUUGAUUUAAAAAACAAAAAUGAUGGCGAGAUGCGAUUAUUUUACUUACCGGAAAAUACAUGCAAAUUUGCAACACACUGCGAAUCAAAAGGUUACAAAUCUAGUGUGCAGCGUUCCUAGUGUAUACUGUGAACCAAUGCUCGAUUCGUGAAAUUCAGCUGUGGAUCGCCAACGAUGAAUUUGAAAAAUGAAAUUGAUAGAUAUUUUGGUGUAAUUAAUGCGUUGUUAGUGGAAAUUAAAAUUUUGUUUGUUAAUUUUGUAA